CAUUUUUCUAUCAGCAUUGCCCUUUCGACAACACAAUCAGUUAUUAUUACGGCUCAAUUCGAUAGUAUACUCUUCAAGAGAGCCAAUUGACCUAAAACGUUUGCUUCAUUGAUACAAAAAGCUCAGAAAUUAAACAAUGGCAGAGACUUUAGACAAGUCCACUACAGCUAAUGCCACUGGCAACCAGCUUACGUCUUCAAAUAACAGUAAUGACAAUUCUAAAAAUGACAAUAUGCUGGAGUAUCCUGAAAUCUUGAAAAGAAAAGGGUUUGUUCCAAAGGAUUUAUCUCGAUCAACAAAAAAUCCUGGAAAAACUGGACUAUCUACCACCAGAAAUUUAAUUCGUUCUUAUGUUAACCCUAGUACUUUAGUUAACGAUGUUGUUGAUUUAAUUCCAGGUCAUGAUAAAUCCUCAGAAGAACCGAAUUUCAGAGAAGUCUUAGGUUACUAUUUUUUCCAUUCAAUUUUAUUUAUUAUGUUAUUCUUUUUUUCUUUUUACCGCGGUGUUCAAUAUGUUGGCAAUAGAUUGAAAUUGCGUUUUCUAUCCAUAGCUUAUAAUCCUUCCAAAUCUCCUCAAAUAAUAAGAGAUGAUGUCUUGAAAUUACCCAAGAUUCCCAAAAGAGUUUCCUCUGUUUUAAGCUUGAAACCUGAUCAAGACGAAGGUGGCGGUGUUGAAGGUUUAAUUAAUGAUUCUUCUGAAAUAACCGCUUGGUGUGUUGCUGCAGGUAUCCAAUAUUUAUCAAUCUACGAGUAUAAUGGCGUUUUAAAACAAAGAGUUCCUGAACUAAGACGUUCAAUUCAUAAAAAAUUAUCUCAAUAUUUUGGUGUUAACUAUGUUCCAAAUUUUGUCGUUAAAGUUCCUUGCUUAAAUUUGACUUUUAAUGGUGUUGAUGAUGACUUUGAUGUCCAAUCUCAAGGUUUUAACAACAAGCCUGUUAUUGAAAUUAGCUUAUUAUCUGUUCGUGAUGGUAGAUCAACUAUUGUCGAUUUAACCAAAACUAUGGCUGAUUUGGCGGUCAAAAAUGAAUUGGUAGUUGACGAUGUCACAAUCGAUUUAGUUGAUAAACAAUUGACUAAUCUAGUUGGUGUUGAACCUGAUUUAAUCAUCUUAUUUUCUCCAAACUUAGAUUUACAAAGUUAUCCACCAUGGCACAUUCGUCUUAGUGAAAUCUAUUGGGAACCCGAUAAUGAUGAAGUCAACUACUCUGUGUUCUUAAGAGCUUUACAGAAGUAUUCCACUUGUAAAGUUAAUGUUGGAAAAUGAUCCAAUGAUUUUGCAAACAAAACAUUAAUCUGCUUGGUUUUCGUUUUAUUUUAUUACAUUUUAUUUUUCAUUUCUUCUUGUUGCUAGAUUCUUGAAAUGUAUCAUUAAAUUACAUUAUAC